AUGGUCUUCAGCGGCAUCGUGGAGGAGAUGGGCGAUGUGGUCUCUCUCACCCACGACAAGGAGAUGACCAUGUGGGACGGGUCCGUCGGCCGCGGCACGGAGCUCGUCGUCGACGGCCCCGUCGCGGCGACGGGCGCGUACAUCGGCUGCUCCAUCGCCGUCAACGGCGUCUGUCUGACCGCGACCGCGCUGGAGAUCGACGACCGCGCGCAGCGCUUCUCCCUGGGCCUGUCGCCGGAGACGCUGCGGCGCACGAAUCUCGGCGAGCUCGUCGAGGGCGCCAAGGUCAACCUCGAGCGGAGCCUGGCCGCGGACGGGCGCAACAGCGGCCACUACGUCCAGGGCCACGUCGACGGCACGGGGACGGUGCAGAAGACGUGGGUCGAGGGCGACAGCCUCUGGGUCGAGAUCGCCGCGCCCCCGGACCUGCUGGCCUGCAUCGUGCCCAAGGGCUACAUCGCCGUCGACGGCACGUCGCUGACCGUGUGCGACGUCACGGACGAGUCGUUCACGCUCAUGCUCAUCGAGCACACGCAGAAGUGCAUCGUCCUCCCCCUGCGCGACAUCGGCGACGCCGUCAACCUCGAGGUCGACGUCAUCGCCAAGUACGCGCGCCGCUCCGUCGGCGACUUCGAGGCGCUCUCGAAGCGCGUCGCGGACCUCGAGGCGAAGCUCGACAAGCUCGCGGCCUAG